CUGGUACCGUGUAAAUUUAGGAACCAGCCGACCGUCAACAUUUUUUUUGGAAGUGUUUGAGUUAAUUUGACAUCAAAAAAUGGGCGGUGGAGGCAUUGAAGUGCCGGAAGUCCCCCACUAUUCACAAUACAAGUGGCAAAACUACCCGCAGCUGGUUGAACAUCAGAAAAAAUUGGCUGAACACGGGCUACACGAUCCAUGGGCAAGAAACCAUGCUUGGAAAUUUAUCAACAAGUACACAAAAAAUAAAACAUUGCCAUGGUAUAUGAUGUGGACGGUCAAUUAUCCACAAUUUAGAGGCUUUUCAAUUGGAGUAGCAAUCCUUGGUGGAUAUAUAGCGUUUGACAAGCUGUCAGGACGUGCUGCCAAACGAAAGGAAAAUGCACAUCACUAGACAGUGGAAGUACAGUUAAACAAUUUGAAAAACAUAUUUAAACUUGUGUGAAUGACAGAAGCAGGUGGAUGGAAUAGAUCUCUCAAUGUAUUGUGACAGAAAGUUGAAAAAAAGUCAGAAACAGGGUUUUUGUCAUAAACAGAUUAUAUUGAUGUGUAUGUUUAUAUGGAAAUACUAAACUGUUUGGAGAACAUUCUUUGGUAUUUUGUAGCUUCACCACUUUGUUAGUUGAAUGAUUAUUUGAUAAAAUGUGAGAGUAA